AUGUUUGCCUCCCAAUCAAUCAGCCUCUACAAGGAAUGCUGUCAAUUUUAUAAUGUCAAACCAAACACAGAGAUUCUUCAGCAGGUGGACACACCACAGCUCAUGUUGGAGGAGAUUGACGCCUCCCGAACGCUCCUUGGCGAGCUUGGCGUAAAGGCGUUGCUUGACUGCAUUUCCUGCCACGUGGGGAUUCGAAGGGUGGUGCUAAAAAAAAAUGGCCUGUCUACCACUUGUGUUGAGCAUCUCUGUAGGUUUCUACGCGGCUCCCGCUACGUUUGUCAUGUUGAUGUAUCUGAGAAUCCUAUGAACGUGGCCGCCGCGCGGGUGCUAUGGGAGACCGCGCGGAUUGUACCAACACUGACGGAAAUUAAUGUUGAGAAGUGCGAAUUAGAGGAUGAGUGGCCGCGCCGAUUGGAGCGGUGCUGCAAGUCCAACGAGGAAACACAGGCAGCGGUUAUCGCACCAUGUGCGGAGGAUCUGAAUCCAAUGCAAUGGGAUGUUGUGUUUGUUGCGGUGGCCGGACCUGCCUCAUAUGUGGAGAAGUAUUCAACCGAGAUAUUGCCCCCUGUAAGCAGUCUUCUCGCGCAGUAUAGACUUCGCGUUUGUUUACUAGCAAUCGAUGAAAAUGAUACGCCGGACGUGGCGGUUGCGAAAAUAGAGCGGUGCGCCGAGAGGUAUAAUCACGGUUUGAGUUGGUGUGUUGCGCUCGUGGACGACGCCGUGCCAUGGAAUGAGGCUGCACUGAAGGCCGUUAUGGCAACAGUUCAGCAAACACGACCCAUUACAAAGCCGCUCAAGGACAAAUUUGGCGCCAUAUGUAGUCCCGCGAUAAAGUGCGUUACCAACUUUUUUGUGUACGAUGUAACAUUACUGAGCGAAUCAGAUGAGAAAGGGGAAGAGAAACCGGACACUGCAGGAGUAGUUGAGGUGCCUCCGGAAAAGUGGUUUCCAGCGGUGAACUGGGACGAAGUUGGAGACUGCGAUGUUCCAUCGGCAGUGCGUUUGAGAACCAAGAAUUGCUGGAAGGUCCGCUGUCAGAGUGAUCUAUACUGUGCAUUGACUGAUGUCUUCUCGCGGAAAUUCACCAUGGAGGAGGGUUCUCAGAACGAAGAGAAGGAGGUUGACGAGGAGAAGGCGUACAUUCUGACUAGCGAAAAAGAGUCCCUGUUCUCAUCAUACCCAAUGUGCAAAGAGAUAGUAUUGCACGUGGAGAAACGUUUGUGGAGCACAUGCGUACCUAUUGUUCUUAUCGGAACGGACGUGAAGGCUCACAACAAUGUCCUCUCGUGGUUGGCUAACAAGUAUGCGGAAAGUGGCCCUAUGAAGGUGGUGUUUUACCCUUAUAAACGUGACAACCGUAGUAUGGUUGUGUUUUUGAGUUAUCUUCUUGGCGUGCUGUCCAAAUCCCCCAUGGAGUUGUACCUUUCUCUUGAUACGUUAUGCAAUGAAGUCCAUGAUGCAAUUAGUCACUACGAGGACGAGCCGUUGUUAAUGAUCAUUCCAUCGAUGGACACACUUGAUAGCUGCGGAAACGACUACUGCUGUAGCCUGGAUUGGUUGCCCUCGACCCUGCCUCCUAAAAUUACCCUUGUUGUCUCAAUUAAAACAGAGAGUCCCAUUCUAGUCGCCUUUCGCAAGCGACUUCCUCAACCGUUUGAAGUGUUAAACGCCCCACUUCCAGACGAGGUGCGUUCAUGGCUCUUUACUGAAGAACUUGUGCGGCGCGGCAUAUUAGGGGGAACUGCAGGUGGACAUCAGGAGGAUGGCGGGGACACCUCUAACUGUGAAGCAUGGAAAAGAGUGGUGGGUAACGCAUUCUUGAAUAAGGAUGGGUCCAAGUUUACAAGUUUUGACACUUACGCAGCAUCACUUCUUUUCCGCUUCUCACUAACUACCGACUCAGAGGAUGUCACCUUCUUCCUCCCCUCGGAGGUCCCUAAUACGAUGAGGGAGCUGUUGGUUAAGCUUCUGAAGGUCCACGAAGACCAGGGAGAUCCUCUUACUGUGCGCUACGUCCUCACAUGCCUUGCUGCGGCUUCCCUGCCUGUCACAGAGGUUGUAUGCGUGUGUGAAGAUCUCGGGCCAUGCCCACGCAAUAAAACGAUCCCAGUUCUUCUCAUGCUCAUUGAUGACGGCAUUGUGGAAAUUCACGGUGGUUCUGUGGCGCAUUUGGCGGGGCCAGAGGUACACGAGGUUGUGAACUCCCUCUACAGCGAUUUGUUGGAUAAUGUCAAUGCAUUGGUGGAAAAUCAUUUGUAUCGCCUAGUCAAAACACGGAGCCCUGAUCUCUCUCUGUGUUUCAGGCAAAUUGGACCUCUCAUUUUUGUCAACGGUAGUUUUGAGAACGCGUACUCGCUCAUUUUGGAUGCCAGUAUAAUGGAUGCCGCUUUUUCUAGAGAAAAGAGCAAUACCCAAUAUGCCAUUGACAUCAUUUUCCGUCUCUUGAAUUCCUAUCGACUCCUGUCGCAGCUGCACGAUGGGGAGUACUUUGUGUUCGAUAAGCAGGAUCAGAGCCAACGCCGUUCCGCCCUGCUGAAUGCGGCUAAAGAUAUUCAAUCAUUUGACUGUUUCUUUUUUCAGUCCGCGCUUCAGUUGUCGGAGGUUUCGCCAUAUUACAGAGACGCCUCCACUUCAGAGGAAGUGCCAUAUUCGGUGCUUGCACCUCUGAACACGGCUGGGGAGGAGGGCUCCUCAAUUUCCAUCCCCGUCAAUGAAACGCCGAUUUAUGUUCACUUGCGUGAGAAAUACCUCGUGAUAUCGACUAAAACAACUGUGUUUGUGUACUCCACUGGGAAUUUCGAUAAGGUAGUUGCCACGUUUGACACUACUUGCAACAAAGACGCCGUUUUCCAGGGUGCGCUCAGCGCUUGUGGUACCCGCAUUGUUUUGAUAUGGGACAGACAUCUCGCAACGUUUGACUUUUUGACGGGUGGUCACUCUAAUGUUGAUGAUGUCACCGCUACACUGUCUGACAGGGCACUCGACGUGUUGGGGACUAAUAUUGCUGUACAGCAUAAUUUGAGCAAAUCUCUCUCAAUUAUGGACCUGACUAAGAAAAAUAAAGUCAUAAUAUUACCAACCCUAGAGGCGGAGGCACGUGAAGCAUACUUUUUCGGUAGUUCCGUCCUCGCUACCAGUUUGUACGAUUUAUUUAUUAUCAGGGGAUGCAGGGUGCAGAAACUUUCACAUACGGGGGUAAUCCGAUGUGUGGCUUUCCCCGCAAGCGAUCGUCUCAUUGCCUCGUCAGUGGACGAAGACAUAUGGAUUUGGUCCGGCGCUGGCGAGCUUUUACACAUUGCUAAUGCUGGGCGAACCCCUAUUGAAGAACUUUACCUCAAUUCUAACGGUGGGCAACUGCUCUCCAGGCAGCAAGAGGGACUGAAAUUGUGGGAGACGUCCAGCGGAAGGUUCAAGAAAUUGGAUCAGCUGUUCGACGAAAUCCCCACGCAGUUGCUCAUAACGGGGAGUGAUUCCUUCAUCAUUGCUUUGUGUGGUUAUUACCUUUAUGUGUGGGAUGCCAGCACCCGGCGACCUGUGGGUGUCCUCACGUGCGCCAUCGGGGCAAUUACCUUUGUGCAAGAACGGAAUCAACUGGUCAUGGCACUUACUUCUCGGAAUGAAGUGAAAGUGUGGCGUCUGGGUGACAACCCAUUCCUCUCCACGAAGGUGCUCCAGAAGAAGUCCUUGUCGUCCAAUUGGCGGUUAAGCGGUAAAUUGUCAGCUGUGUCAAUUGAACGUAUUACCGCAAAUUCCAAAGGAACACUUUUCGCGGCUUUGGACUCCGACGGCGCAUUGUUGCUUCAACCAACGAAAGGCGGUCCACCAACUGUCUGCGCUGUCAAAGAGGUCGAGGGCAUGGUGUUCCUCUGUAACUAUCUCGUGUUCUCUUUUAAGGAAAAGGCGGGGUGUUUUUGUUACAUUGAUCUGGAUGAAGAGGAGUUCAAAGUAUCGGAAAUGCUUCUGCCGACUGAUGCAAGAGAAAAAGCUUCACUGGACUUUGUAGCCGACCCGGACGACAGGUACCUUGCCGUUGUUUCAAACUUCGAUAAAGGAUCUACACUUUACGUGUACGAGGUGUCCACCUGGUCCCUACUGAACCAGUUUAUUGGACACAGCGGCCACGUUUUUUAUGGCUUCUUUGUCGAAGAUGUUUUGAUCAGUGUCUGCAAGGAUCUCACGGUGCGCUGCUGGAGUCUUCAAAAUCACGCAGAGAGGACUUCCUACAAGCAUCCCUUCCAAAUAGCAGCCGCAGCGCGUGACACAGAAUCACCGGUGGUCUCACUCUUCUUUUUCGAUGUUUAUUUCCAUCUCUUUCAUCUACACGUAGAUGGUGUUGACUCUUCCGCUCGUUUCGAAGUGCAGAAGGUCUCCACAUUACCCCCACCAGCAACUCUGAAGCCUGUGCAAUGCGUUUACGUUUCAGGGUUGGUUGUGGUAGUGGCCGGGUGCGGAUCAGUUUUCCUGGUGAAUGUCAGGCGGGGGGGAGCAGCGACCAAGUUAUCAAAUUACAAAUGCCUCUGCGUUGCUACAUAUAAGAACGGUCCUGAGUCAUUCGUGCUGACUGGCCACACAACCGGCGAGGUUCUCCUGAACGGCGUUCGCCACGGGCCAUAA